AGAGAUUUGAUGCUCUCGUCACUGAGACCCUGAUCUUCCUGCUGAGAGGCUUUCAGAGAUUUUGGGGAGCUGACGUCAGGACUGUAAGAUGGAUCACUCCUCGCUGCUUCUGUGCUCCAUUGUUGGCGCUUUGCUAAUGUUUUCAGCUCGUGCGAGCGACUGGUGCUACACCGGCUGUGAGUCCCACACUCCAAGCCACUGGGGAGACCUCCCUGGAUCUUUCUGUGAUGGGAAAAGACAGUCUCCUAUUAAUAUAGACACCAGAUAUGUUGAUAAAGACUCCAAGCUGGUCGCGUUCAACCUCAUCAACUUCACCUCCAACAUCACGUCCAUGAUAAACAAUGGACAUACAGUGAAGUGCACAUUUGGAGACGAUGUUGAAGUGAGUGGAGGUGGCCUUAAUGGAGCGUAUUCCGCAGACCAGUUUCACCUUCACUGGGGCGACACAAACCAUCAUCCGGGUUCGGAGCACAUGAUCAACGGUCACCGAUCUCCAAUGGAGAUGCACAUCGUCAGUCUGAAGAAAGGUCUUACUGCGGAUGAGGCCAUGGCACAAUCAGAAGGGAUCGCUGUUCUUGGAUUUUUCAUAAAUGCAACUGAAGAUGGCGAUAUGACGGGAUCAUGGAACACGCUCACGUCAUAUCUGACAGACCAAAUAGACACUAAAGUUUCAAUUGAGGAAGACUUAUCGAUUCAGGACCUGAUCAAAAAUGUCGACCUAACAAAGUUCUAUCGUUACCUGGGCUCCCUGACCACGCCCACUUGCAAUGAAGCAGUCGUGUGGACGGUCUUUCAUGAGCCAAUCAAGAUCAACAAAAAGCUGAUUGAGCGGUUUCCUGCAAAUACAGGGCUCAGCAACAUUUAUCGGCCUACGCAAGCCCUCAAUAACCGUCAAGUGUUUGCUUCACCUGCAUCUCCUCUCCCUCCCAGUCAUCCUUGGUGCUACGACGACCACUGUGAGCACACUUCAUCCCACUGGCACCUUCUGCACCACUCCCAUUGUGACGGUGAGAGCCAGUCACCCAUCAACAUUGAGACACGCAACACUGUGGUGGACAAAAACCUCGACGCCUUCGUCUUUACAAAGUUUGACGACAAACACGCCAUCAAGUAUAUCACUAAUACAGGACAUGCAGUUAAAUGUGUCUUGAAGGACGGCGUGGCGGAGGUGUCGGGGGGAGGUUUGGGACACGUCUACUCCACCCUUCAGUUCCACUUCCACUGGGGCACGGAAUCACACGACUCCCAUGGCUCAGAGCACAAAGUGGAUUCCAAACAGUACCCAAUGGAGAUGCAUAUUGUGAACAAGAGGAAGGAUUUAAGUUUGGAGGAGGCGGUGCAGACUCCCAAUGGCCUGGCAGUUCUGGGAUUCUUUAUUGAGGCUGUGAGUACGACGAAAAGCAGCAGCAGCAGCAGCAGCAGCAGCAGCAGUAGUUCUGCUGAUUCUGGACAUGCCGAUUCUGGACAUGCUGAGACAAGUACGCCAUCUAACAUGGAAGUCUGGAAGAAGCUGACCCAUUACCUCUCGGCUAUUAAAACAGUCGACCAACGAGCUAAUGUCACUGACGAGAUCUCCAUCGACGACUUGCUCGGCAACGUGAACACGAGGGCGUACUACCGCUACAACGGCUCAUUAACCACGCCUACAUGUAAUGAAGCGGUGGUUUGGACGAUCUUUAAAGAGACUCUCAAAGUGAACCAAAGUCUGAUGAGUCUGUUCCCGACUCAGGCAGGAUAUGGCAACGUGUUUCGGCCGCUGCAGUCUCUCCACAACAGGACGGUGUACAGCACCGUUGCAUCAGCAGCCAGCGGCCCCGCACCCGCACCUGCACCUGCUGUGCUGUUUCUGCUGCCGCUGCUGCUCCUCUGCACCGUUUCAUUCAAUCUGCGUCAGUAAAAAAAAAAAGAAAGAAGAAGCUCAUCAAACUGAAGCUGCUGUGGUGAAUAAUUGUAUCAUGCACUAAUUAUCCGUUUUACACUGCUCUGAUUAUUUUAAUAUUUAUAACAAAUGGGUAAAAUUGUGUUUUUCAAUUGUGGUUAUUUGACGUCGUAAUCGAAACAUGUUUUAAUUGCACUGUUCUCCAGGACAUAACCUUUUCCAUUAUCACUAGGGAUGCACCGAACUGAAAAUGACUUUCCAGCAUUUAACAGGCGCUGUUCCAUCGUGUACUCACAUCUUGUUGGAACCGUUUUUUUGGCGUUCCAAACUGAUUUUGGACAAACUCUAAGCGGGAAUAGAUGCUUCGGUUGUGUUGUUUCGGUGCAUCUCUAAUUAUCGCCCACGGUAGUAAAAAUAGUGAGAAAUUGCAAGAUUGUCUACUGUAUUUCGCACAGUUUUCUUAGUUCUUACUGUAAACAUACUUAAGCUUAGGCCUUAGUGUUUUUUAAUUCUGUUUUACUGGUCUGUUUAAUUAGUAGGAAAUGCAUUCCUGCAAACGGUGAAAACUAAAAUUGAGAUUUGUAUAAAUUUCGCUUGCCCAGUAAUUGAUGCAUUGUAAGUGAGAUAAAUAAUAAAAGUGACAGUUGCAUUAUAUUUACCAGAUUUUAGGGACAUAUUGUGGUCGCGAUCAAUCAAUUUUAUUUAUGAUAUAAUAAAAAAAACAUGAUCAAUUUAAA